ACCUGAGUGGAGCUAGGUUUAAGCCCAACCAAACGGUCCCUGAAUCCAUCCCUACAUUCUCACUUCGCCUGUGUUUUAAGCCGCCGACCCGUCCUCCGUCGGCCAGUUGCUUCGCUGUUGAUCUGUGAUGCUAUCCGUAAGCAUACUGCAGAGGCAUCCUGCUAUAGUUCGUCUUCCUUGAAGCAGAGUAACAUUGGAGAUGAGGAAAAGGAGGAGAGGUAAUUGGAUUGGGAGAACUGUAGACGAUGAAGUAGCAGCUUUCUUCCUCCUUUGCUCCCAUACUUUAAGUUUUCCCUUUGUUUUCCUCCUCACUCUACAGUUAGAGGGGUCUCCAAGCAGCAUCUUGAUGAAACUACUUGUGAAGCUCCACCAUUUUUCCCUCGCCCUCCCUUUUUCUUCUCGCCAUUCCUUGCCUCUAUUUUCCCAGUAUCCUUGGAACUUAACUCCGAAGCUUUAGAAUUUAGCCUUAGUUUCCCCCCUAAGGAAAUGGUUAACUCCCUGUGUAGUCCCAUCCACUACCCUUUUAAUCUGUCUCCCGUUCUCCACUUUUGUCUGUCUUCUUCGCUCAUUCCUUUACCUUCCCUCACGCCACGUUUUCUACAUCGUCAUCUUGGGUUUGCAUGCCAUUUUCUCUUGGAUUCCGACUUGUGGAACUCCGAAGAGUCCGAGAUUGAUCACAAUUUCUCAGGAUCUCCCUCCGAAACCGCUUUCAUUCCCAUCAUCAGCCGUGUUAGCUAUCCAGCACUUAAAAUUAAUACUGGAAAUCCCUUCGAUAAGAAGCAUUCCUUUAGAAAAUGGGGUCACAAAGAUAAUUCCAUGAAAAGAAUUACGUCAGCUCUUUCAAACCAAGGAUGGGAUCUAAACUUCCAUUCUUCCUUAGUCAUCGACCUGGAUUCUUGGUAUUUUACCCGCAUGCUAAAUGAUUUGUACGAUGAGAGCUUGGAUGCUGCCCUCGUGUAUUACUUGUUCAGGAUUUUGCAUAGGUCCGUUUACAAAUUAAAGCAAAAGCUGCAUACCUACUGCCUGAUGGUCCACAUAGCUGUCUCAGGUAAUAUGAACCAUGUUGCCAUGAAACUUCUCCGCGGUAUUGUUAGAAGUACUGAAAAAUUUGAAGAUGGCCUUAAUUUUAUCUUCCUUGCAUUGUGGCAGACGAGGAAAAAUGCAGUCGAGUUGGAAACUGCAUAUAGUAUGCUUGUUAUUUGUUUUGCAGAGCAGGGCAUGUUGGAUAUAGCUCUUAAAUUAAUAGUAAGGAUGGAGAUGUUUGGUUUCUAUCCAAGCAAUGGUGUCUAUAUUGCUGUUGGUUUCUUGUUUUGGUUGACGGUCAUUGCAAGAAUGAUGAUAUUCAAGGGGCGGAGAAUGUCUUUAAUGCACUGGAAAGAGAUGGGUUUAAGGCUGAUGUAACUACUUAUAAUACUUUGAUCAAUGUGUAUAGCAAGAAGGGACAUAUGCACAAAGCAUAUGAACUAGUGGAUUUGAUGAGGAAGGCUGGGAUUUUUCCAGAUUCUGUGACAUACAAUAUGAUUAUGCAUGGACUUAUAAAGAGAGGAUUUGCUAUUAAAACAAUCUUCAAUGAACUUAUCAGAAGAGGGUAUUCUCCUGAUAAGAUGUAUUCAUCAGAUAAGUUUACUUGUACAAAUAUUAUUCAUGGCUAUUCUAAAGAAGGAAGGUUAGGAGAAGCUUAUCUUAUAUGGUGUAGUAUGAGCAAAAGAGGGAUGGCACCUGAUGUUGUCACUUGCAGUGCUUUGUUGAAUGGGUUCUGUAAAAUGCAUCGUAUGCAGGAUGCUGAUGUUCUAUUUCAGAAGAUGUUGGAUGCUGGUUUGGUGCCUGACUUAAUCUUGUACAAUACCCUCGUACGUGGAUUUUGUAGUGUUGGUGACAUCAGUAAAGCUUGCCAAAUACUAGUCAUGAUGAGGGCUAGUGGUAUUUUUCCUAAUGAUACUACACACUGUGCUCUAAUUAUCGGGUUUGAGAAAAAUGGCAUAGAGAAUGCCCAAGAAAGUGUAACAAUGUUAAUGCAACAGAUGUUUUCAAUGGAAUGACAUUAUUUUGUGACUAACAUUUUGUAGAUUUCAAAUCCCAGCUGGUGAUCAAAAGAAUGAUAACUUGGAUCUGGAGAUUUUGCAGCAUGUUAAGUGCCUUGUUAAGGAGAUAUAACAAGGUCAAACUAGGUGGCUAUGGCAAUGCCGGCGGCAGCUAGUUGAGCUGGUGAUAAUGGAGCUGUAAUAGGCGCCGAAGGCAACAG